AUGACGAAUUCCCGCUCCUCUGCGAGCGACGCUCCUCAUCAACGCACCAAGACUCGCCUAGACCCCGAGAUCAAGCAACCUCUUGACAUUCACGCGUAUCCCCACAUCCUGGACGCUGUGAUCGAUGCCGCGGACUCAAAUGUGCUGCGUGCUCUGCGCGCUACUAGUCGGGAGAUGCGCUCACUAGUGGACCAGCGCGAUCGACACCUAACUCUAGAGCAGAUGGCCGAAACACCGCACAAGGAGUCAGAGGACGACUAUGAUACGUGGGAUUCGGAUUCGGAGGAUGGGAACACUACCCCGGCCAAGCCGGUCUGGGCGGUGACGAAGUCUGGUGUGCGUUUCUCGUCGUUGCCUGACAGCACGGAUGUGUUGGACAUCAACGGACCGGUGGGCAGCUUGUGGUACGACGUCGUCCAUUCCAAUCUGGGCCUAGACUCGGAUUCGGAUGACUGGUCGGACUCGGAAUCGGAAGACUCGGCAUACGCAGCGCUGAACGCUUCUUUGUUCGGACCGUCGCCGUGGGUUCCGCAAUGGGUGCAGAGAAACGGGCGGUUGUUCUACCCCGAUCAGUGGCCACGCCUCGUUCGCUAUCCGGACGGCUUUGACGACAACCGCAGAGCCCUUGGCCCACUCAAGCCCGAUCCUUGCGCUGUGUACUUCUGCGAGUUCAGCGACUUCGUUCUAGGACUCUACCACCUCGACAGGCACUACAGCGAAAGGGGUGGAGCGCGCGAGUCCUUCUUGGACACCGUGUUCACUGUGGACCUCGUGGAGGAUAUCCUGGGCGAGAAGCUGUGGGAAACCAUCAACCCCAUGUUUGAAUACGACCUUCACCUUGAGUCGAACGCAUAUACGGUGCUUUUCAACACAUCGCCAGAGUUUGUCAAGUCGAUCCAGGACCAGUGGGAGCACCCCCCGUUCUUCGUUGGUCUGCUGAUGGUGAUGACUCGCAACUUCAUUGAAUGGGACGAAGGCAAGGCGACGAUUGUAGGCUACGACACUUGGCCGGUUAACAUGCUUCCGGACCCCAACGAGCGCGACGGGCGCGGACCGUCUAAGACUUCCGCGGACAGGGUCCGCCGUUGGAUUGCCAUUCACGUCGCGGACGUGAAGGAGAAGCUGCAGGAAGAAGGCGAUUCGUAUAGCCGUCCCGAGGCCGAACUCGAUGAUCCUAUCCGUCUCCUUACCCUCGACGAGUGGAGGAUGGAAAUCGGUGAGGAGUAUUACAAGCUCAUGACCGGCAAAUACUACCAGUACGAGUCUGCGAAGCCCCUGCCCCAAUUCAAGCGCCACCCGAGCGUUGAGCCACUGGAUCUCGAGUAA